AUGUCUACUGAUCAUAACAAUGAUACGAUGGUUUCUUCAAAAGAAUAUAAUCCAACAAAUAUAACGCAAGAUGAUAUUAAGAUUAAAUUAAGUUCAAUAUUUGUACAUUUUUUACCAACUUUUUUAAAAAUGAUAUCUUUGUCCUUUUAUUUUAUUUUAGGUGUAUUGCUAUGUGGACCCAAAUGGUUGUUCCAUUUAUCAACAAAUUAUUCAUUAAAAUUAAAUUUUUUCGUUUUCACUAUAUUAUGUGCUAUUAUAACUUAUAUUGUUUAUAGCAUAAUGAAAAAUAGAGUAUUAUCUCAAUAUAAAAAAUUGACCCCUGAUUUCAAUGAUAAUAAUAAUAAUAACAGUACAAUUACCUCUAUAGAUAACGAUGGUAUAUCAACUACAAACAAUAAUAUGAAUGAUGGUGAAAAAUUAAUUGAUGAUAGAAAUAUUAAUAAAAAUCGAAUUAAUUCAAAGAAUGGUAAUAAUAAUAAUGAUAGAUUUUCAAAAAAUUUCAAGAAAAAUAAAUUUGGGAAAACUUUCAUUAAUGAUCAUAAAGAAAAAUAUAAUGCUGCUUUUAUAGAUAAUGAUGAUAAUGUUGACAAUGAUACGAACAAAUCUUUUUUUUCAUCGUAUCUUGAUCAAUUUUUAUCUGCAAUUAAGAUUUUUGGUUAUCUUGAGAAACCUGUCUUUCAUGAUUUAACGAAAAAUAUGAAGACACAAAAAUUAGAUGAAGGUGAAAUCUUAUUAUUAGAUAAUUCUAUUGGGUUUGCCAUUGUAGUGGAAGGGACAUUACAAAUUUUUCAUGAAGUUGAGAAUGAUUCUCCAACAUCAAUAUUAAAUCCAACUCCAAAUCCUCAAACUGAUAAUGAUUACUAUAAAUCUGCAAGUAUGGAUGAUUAUAACAAUGGUGAUGAUCAUCGAUCUUCAAUGUCGUCAUCUAUACUAUCAUCUGAAGAGACCACUGACUCUUCUGAUGGAUCAGAAACUGAUAGUCAAAGUUUUCUCGAAAAUGAUUCCUCGGGUUAUAUUCAUUUGAAAAAUGGAUUAGGUAAAUAUCAAUUAUUAAAUACUGUAAAACCAGGGAAUCCCGUAUCAUCAUUAGCUACUAUUCUAACACUUUUCACAAGAAGCAAUGGAAUUUCAAGAGAACCGAAUAGUAGUAAUUCUGGAAUAAAUACUCCCAAACCUUCAUCACAAUGGGAUUCUAUUCAGAAUCAGUUAGUUGAAUUUACUUUACAAAAUCAAAGCAAAACAAAAGUUAAUCAAGGGAAUGGGGUAAAUGAUUCAAUUAUACCACCUAGUUCAGACCUAUAUGAUCAGAAGGAUAUUCCAAACCUUGGAUUACCAAUGCCAAAUAUUCUUGCAAGAGCAGGAACUGAUUGUACUAUUGCAAUUAUUCCACCUCAAGCAUUCGAAAAUCUAACUUUAAAAUAUCCAAGAUCCGUAUGUCAUAUCAUUCAAAUGAUUCUUACAAAGAUAUAUCACGUCACUUUUCAGACAGUUCAUAAUUAUUUAGGAUUAACAGAUGAAAUUAUGCAAAUUGAAUAUUUAUUAAACAAAUCAGUAGAUUAUGAAUUACCACCAUAUUUAAAAGAGCAAGCAAUUAAGAAAGUUUUAUCAGAUAUGAAAGAACAAGGUAAGGAGAAUACCACAAGAAAGACUAUGACGACAACAAUUGGUAAAAAUGAUUCGCCUGGAGUUGUAAGAAGAAAUAGACCAACAAUCCAACAUCUUCCAUCCAAACAUAUUGUUCUAGACUCUAGAGAUCAUUUAAACCCAGGUGACUUACUAUCCAACGUUCCUCUAUCUAGAAAAGAAAUAUCAACGAAUAAAAAUACAAAUCCUGGUACUCCAAAUGGUUCCCAAAAUUUCGAUAAAUUAAGAGGGUUAUCAAAAUCACCAUUAUCAGCGAUUACAGGGAGAGUAACAAGUAAUGGGACAGAACCGACAGGAUUCUCCUCUCAACAAGAUGAAACUUUGGAUUCUACACUAAAAAUGGCUGUUGUCGAAGCCAUAUUUGCAUAUUUGAAUAUUAAUGAACAGAAUAUGUCCCUAAAAACACCCGGAAGUCAUUCCAGUCAGGCGUCUGAAUCAGGACAAUACACAAGCAACGGAUCCACUUUAACACGCAGACAAUCUGAUAUAUCUUUAAUAAGCUCAUUUGCAUCAUCUAAUUAUCCAAGACAUACUUUACGUAUUCUACCUAGUGACUUUGCAGUUAGAUCUCCAAAAGUAAAGAAAAGUAAAAAGAAAGUGGAAUAUAAGGAAGAAAUUUCCUCCAGUCUUGAUUAUGAAUUUGCCAAGAAUGAAUUUUCUGAGGCUAUUCAAUUCCAAUACUUUAAGCAAGGUUCUACAAUUAUUGAGCAAGAUAAAAAUGGGAAAGGUUUAUAUUAUGUCAUUAAAGGGAGAAUUAAUGUUACACUAUGGAACUUCAAUCAAGGUGUUGAAGUUGAACCGGUUGGUCGUGCACCAAAGCAAAAGAAGUCAAAAAGAGGAAACAGAAUAUUAUAUACUAUCGAAGAAGGUGGAAUAGCAGGGUAUCUUACGAGUUUGGUUAAUUACCGUUCUUUUGUGGGCUUAAAAGCCAAAACAGAUGUUUACGUUGGAUUUUUACCUAAUGACGUCUUGGAAAGAUUAUGUGAUAAAUAUUUUCUAAUAUACUUAAGAUUGGCAGAAAAUUUGACUAGUCUACUAUCACCAAGAAUGUUAAAACUUGAUCAUGCAUUAGAAUGGGUUCAUUUAUCUGCAUCAGAAAUGUUAUUCAAACAAGGAGAUCCUGCAAAUGGUAUUUACGUAGUGUUAAAUGGGAGAUUGAGACAAUUUCAAUCCUCAAACGAUACUUCCAAUAAUAUGGUGGUAGGUGAAUUAGCACAAGAAGAGAGUUUUGGAGAAUUGGAGGUAUUGACUGCGACUAACCGUUUUAACACAACAGUGGCUAUCCGUGAUUCAGAGUUAGCACGUAUUCCAAGAACUCUAUUCGAAACUUUAGCUUUAGAACACCCAUCAAUUAUGAUUCGUGUUUCAAGAUUAGUUGCAAAUAAAAUGAUGGUGCAAAAUUCUGAUAAUACUAAUGUUGCAAGAAUUAUUAGUGAUGAUGGUAAUAAAUAUGACUUUGAUUUAACAAUACCGCCUACAAGAAGGGCGACACACUUACACUCGUACCACAAUACGCAGAGUACGUACUCCCGUUCUCGAACUUAUAGAACAAUAACGAUUCUUCCUAUAACUGACGGAUUACCAGUGGAAACUUUUGCAUCAAAGCUAGUUAACGCAUUUAAACAAGUAGGUCGAACUACUAUAGGUCUGAACCAAAGAACUACACUGACUCAUCUAGGGCGACACGCAUUUGAUCGUUUGGCUAAAUUGAAACAAAGUGGUUAUUUUGCCGAAUUAGAACAGAUGUACGAAAUAGUGGUGUACAUUGCAGAUCCAUCUAUCAAUUCAUCAUGGACUAGUACUUGCAUAUCUCAAGGUGACUGUAUUUUGCUCUUGUCGGAUGCCCAUGCAAGUAGUGAAGUUGGUAAAUAUGAAAAAAUGUUAUUGGAGUCAAAAUCUACUGCUAGAACAGAAUUGAUUUUACUUCACCCAGAAACAUAUGUAGAGCCUGGACUAACCCAUAAAUGGCUUCUACCUAGACCCUGGGUCGAUGCUCAUCAUCAUAUGAGAUUUUUGGUGAAUGAAUAUGAAAGAAGUGAUAUUUCUGGAAAUUCUAAAAUUCAUGGUAUGAUGUCUUUAAUUGACAAGAUCAUCCAGGCUGACUUCAGCAAGAAAACUCAACAGAACAUUUCAAGAUACCUUCCUGGUACAAUAAGGGCUACAGUUGAGAAUUUUUCUUCUAGAUUUAUGAAGAAGAAAACUCUUUAUUAUGCGCCUUUGGAUACAUAUAAAGACGACUUUCUGCGCUUGGCGAGAAUUCUAUCUGGUCAAGCAAUAGGGUUAGUCUUAGGUGGAGGUGGUGCAAAGGGUAUCAGCCACUUAGGGGUUAUACAGGCUUUAGAAGAGCAAGGAAUCCCUAUUGACAUGAUUGGUGGUACAUCUAUUGGUUCUUUUGUUGGUGGACUUUAUGCCAAAGAUUAUAAUAUGCUGUCUAUAUUUGGCCGCACAAAGAAAUUUUGUGGAAGAAUAUCUUCCGUGUGGAGGAUGCUAACAGAUUUAACCUGGCCUGUAACUUCAUAUACCACCGGUCACGAAUUUAAUCGUGGUAUUUGGAAAGUAUUUGGCGAUACCAGGAUUGAGGACUUUUGGUUACCUUAUUUUUGCAACUCUACAAAUAUUACCGAGUCUGUACAGGAAGUACAUUCAUUCGGUUAUGCAUGGAGAUAUAUCAGAGCUUCUAUGAGUUUAGCUGGUUUGUUACCUCCGUUAGAAGAAAACGGUAGUAUGCUAUUAGAUGGUGGAUAUGUUGACAAUCUUCCAGUUCUUGAAAUGAAAGCCAGAGGCUGUGAUACAAUUUUUGCUAUAGAUGUUGGUUCCAUGGAUGAUAGAACCUUAAUGUCUUACGGUGACUCUUUGAAUGGGUUCUGGAUUAUUUUUAAUCGUCUCAAUCCCUUCUCAAGUCAUCCAAAUAUACCUGAUCUUACUGAAAUUCAAGUUAGAUUAGGUUAUGUUGCUUCUGUAAAUGCAUUGGAGAAGGCUAAACACACAAAGGGUGUAAUAUAUGCCAGGCCACCUAUUGAUAAGUAUAAUACUUUAGAAUUUUCAAAAUUUGAAGAAAUAUACAAAUUAGGCUUAAAAUAUGGUAGAAUUUUUUUUACCACUCUAAAAGAGGAUGACAAGAUGCCAAAAAUUCCCGGUGGGGAUGCAGCUGCUAUUAACACAGAGAUGCCAGAAUUUCUGUUACAUAGACGUAAUAGUAUUUAA